AUGGGGGUGGGUCCAUCGAGAUCGGUGUGUUUAGGAAGAGUCCAGAUGAUGAUGAGACACCUGGCAGCUAUUGGUGAAACGUAUGCCCAAACUACCCUUGAAGAUGCUGCUUGGAACCUGUGGCUUAUAAAUCCUUCUCAGGCCAGCACAUCUACAUCUACUUCUUCUCCAAACAAUCCAAAUCCUUCCACAAGUACUAUAAGCCACCAAGGAGGACACACUACUGGGGUGGGGACGGUGGCAAGUUUAGAACGUGGGUCAAGUGACCCACCUUUGAUUUAUGUAGCCUCGUCACUGGGUGGGGGUGGGUCCCUCAUCAGAACCACGCCACCUCCACCUAUCCUGGAUGUUGACUUGUCAAACAUAACCGCCAUGGCUGAAGUGCCAGUUCGUGAAGUCCUUCCCCAUGAUCUGCAGCGAACAAAUUCGGUGUUAGUUACUGUGAAUAAUCUUCUUCAAAUGUGA